CGUGCGGUUAGGUUGGGAAUGGACUUAGGCCUCUAAAACAUAGGGCAGUGCUGUAGCUCGUGAUUUGCCUGGACCUCUGAUUUGUCUGGGAGAAACACCGUGAGGCGGAAUGGAUCAAACCUGUGAACCUGAGGCUUGGUAGUGACGUCAUGAAUCAGUGAACAUUCAACACAGCACAACAUGUCGGACCCGGACAACUACGAUGACGAGUUGGUGUCCAGCAACACCAACCAGCGCAACUGGCGCGGUAUCCUGAUCGCGCUGCUGGUGAUCAUGAUGGUGCUGGCGCUGAUAGUCACCUCUGUAGUGCUGCUGACGCCGCCUGAUGAGGGUCCCAGAGUGAAGGGGACAAGACUCAAGCUGCAGGACAUUCUGUCACACGACCUAACCGCGCUACGCCACAACGGCUCCUGGAUAUCAGGAGAAGAGCUGAUAUUUAGCGAUGACUCGGGGGGAAUCAGCAUCUUCAACGCCGCCAACCUUACUACCAGAGUCCUCAUGACCAACCAGACCUUCAGACGUUUAAACCCAGUAAAAUUCAGCAUGUCCCCAGACCACAGGUACCUCUUGCUCAUCCACAAUGCUCAAAAGCUGUUCCGGUAUUCAUUUCUCGCCCAGUACUCCAUUUAUGAUAUUGCAGCAAUGGACAUCAUCCCCCUGACCCCCACCCCUGACGAGGACGACCACCCUUACCUACUACACGCCGCCUGGACUCCUCGAGGCCACUCUCUCAUCAUGGUGUAUAACUACGAUGUCUACUAUCGCCCCACGCCUCGCGGACGACAGGUCUACAGGGUGUCCAAGACAGCUGUGCCAGGAGUCAUCAGCAAUGGCGUUCCGGACUGGCUGUAUGAGGAGGAGAUUCUGAACCACAACACAGCCCUGUGGAUGUCCGAGGAUGGACACAUGCUGCUGUACGCUUGCUUCAACGACACCCAGGUACAGGAGCUCAGGUUCCCAUGGUACGGGGUAGCAGAGGAGGAACAGCCGCUGUACCCAGAUAUGAGGGGGCUACGCUACCCCAAGCCCAGUACGAAGAACCCUGUGGUGACUCUGUACGUUGCAGACCUCGCUGACCCGAAGAAUAUACGAAUAAGAGAUCUAAAGGCUCCCAUGGCACUGGGCCAGACCACAGACUACUAUUUCUGCGCAGUGACGUGGGUUAGUUCUACAGAAGUGUCAGUGAUCUGGCUCAACCGAGCGCAGAAUGUGUCUAUGGUGACACUCUGCAAAUCUCCCAUGUGGUUCUGCCAGGAGACGCAGAGGGUGAGUGGAGAGGGGAGAGGGUGGGUGGACUGUCCAGGCACCCCUCAGUUCUCGCCUGAUGGUAACGUUUACAUCACACUAGCGCCAGUGAGGGACGGCAACGCUGGGUACUACCGUCACAUCGUGUCCGUCAACAUACCCAAGAAACGGCUGCUGCCGCUGACACACGGCACCUUCGAAGUCAACAAGAUAGUUGCGUGGGACCACACUAACCAGAUUGUAUACUACCUCGGUGUGCCUCAGAACAAGCCUGGUCAGCUUCACUUGUACGCGGUGAGCUCGGCCGUGCCCAGGUCUGGCACUCCACUGACAGUGCCGCAAUGUCUGACGUGUGGCGCCCCUGUACCUGCGCUGACAACACACUACGAGGGAGCCGCCACCCUCGGCUCUGGCACCAGAGACACCUACGACUGGGAGGACCAGCCUGAACCAGCCACCACCACGGAGGAACCUGAACGCAAGAGGAGGAAGAAGAAAGAGCCGAGCUUCCGCUUGGAACCGCUCUACCGUCCUUGCACAUAUCACAACAUCUACUUCAGCCCGGGACUGCAGUACUACAUAGACGAGUGUCUGGGACCAGGCAUACCAACCGUCACUCUCUACACCACCUAUGGCAAGAACACGUCUGCACCUGCCAUAGAAAACAUCCAACCCCAGCUGUUGGCUACACUGCAGAACAACUCUAAACUAUAUGACAGGAUCUCCAAGGUGGCGUUACCUCAGGUGAAGACAUUCCCUGUGCAGAUCUCCGGUGGUUACCAGGCGCAAGUGCGACUACACCUGCCACCUGGACUGCGGGAGGAGGAGAUCACACGAUACCCACUCGUUCUGCAGGUUUACGGUGGCCCUGGGUCCCAGCUAGUGACUGAUCGUUGGAAGGUGGAUUGGAACACCUACUUAGCCAGUAGCCGAGACCUGAUAGUGGCUCAGAUAGACGGGCGGGGCUCGGCGGGGCAAGGCUACCUGAUGCUGCACCAGGUCUAUCACCGCCUCGGCACUGUAGAGGUGGCCGAUCAGCUGGAAGUAGCUGAAUACCUGAAGGACAACCUCCACUUCAUAGACAAGCGUAGAGUUGCUGUGUGGGGGUGGAGCUACGGAGGGUUUGUGUCAGCCAAACUACUAUCUACCCCUGACCAGGAUGUCUUUCAAUGUGGCAUAUCUGUGGCUCCCGUCACCUCGUGGAAACUCUAUGACUCUGCCUACACGGAGAGAUACAUGGGGAUGCCGACACUCUCCGGAAAUUACAAGGGUUACCAGGACUCUGACCUGAGUCGUCAGGUGGAAGGGUUCAAGGACAAGAUGUUCUACCUGGUGCACGGCACGGCAGACGACAACGUACAUCUGCAGCAAUCCAUGGUGCUGGCGAGGGCUCUCUCUCAGGCCGGCAUCAUAUACAGGCAACAGAUCUACCCGGACGAGAGCCACGCCUUGAGUGGAGUCAAGAAACAUCUGUAUCGGUCGAUGGCCAACUUCCUCGACGACUGUUUCCGCAAGCAGGUUCCACCCGAGCUGAAAGCGGGUCUUCGUAACGGUGGGACCUUCAUGGAGCCAUAAUGUUGUGACGAGGACCAGUGUUUUACUGUCUGUAGAUUCGUCUUGUGAUAUUAAACAAUUAAGUUUCACUACGGAGGAUUUGAGUUAGCGGAUUCUAUUUGUAAAAUAUCCCUUCCUAAAUCACAGUUGCGAUUGAUUUCAAAUGUUUUAAUUGCACAUAUAUUUUUACUACCGUAUUGUUUUAUAUUGUGCUUUUCAAGCCAAAGAGUAGCUGUGAUCUGUAGUCCCUGUGAUUCAUUUGUCGUGUUAGUGUGAUAAAAAGCAAUCACAACCAAUGAAGCUGAGAUGUAAUGAAUAUUUUAAAACAAUCAAGAGCUUGAUCAGAAUCCUGAUCAUUGUUUAUCAACAUGAGAAUGUCAAAUUAAUUUGCCACACUUUAUGUUUUAGUUCCUAGCUUUUAUACUUCGAAAUGGACCUAACUUGUGUAAAUUUUCUCAUGCAAGCGUUUGAUCAAUUUUCAAGUUUUUUCUCACAUUUUUCAUCAAUAAAACCCAACAUUUUUUUCCAAAGCUCUGGUAAUAAUAACCAUUGCAAUUAAGAAAGUGUUAAUCACAGAUUGCGUAGUUAAAUUCUAAAUGUUGUAAAACUCCAGUUAUUGAUUUUUUCAAGUCUUUUUCUAUCACAAAACCUUUAGCAUGUUUUGUACUUUUUUACUCUAAAGCGUAUUAAUUUUAUUCAGUUAAAGACCUAUAGGCUUAACAAGUUACUUUAGGAACUGGUAUGUACUUACAUCUGGUCGUAAGCUUUUGCAUGGAUAUGUUGUUUUUGAAAGAAAAAUGCUAACACUCUCCCUUUCAAACAAAAUGUGCUACUGAAGGAUAAAAUGUAUGCAAUUACAAACAACCCGCUUUAAAUUUUACAUUAGAUAUUCAUCAAAUGCACCAUCCCAUCAAGGCACUUAACGAUUUCCUAGGAAAGAAAACACUAAAAAGUUACAGUAGUAUGUAUGAGCAUAUGUAAAAUUAUUUAUUUUAUAAUCUUUUUCCAAAAUCUUUCUUUGGCACACCUCAAAAUAGCCAUUAAAUUAAAAUGCACAAUUUCUUUCUUUAUGGCUGGAUUACAGUUGUUAUUACAAAUUAUUGUUGAUAAAAUAAAAUGAUUAGGUACCUUAUCCAACUACAGUUGUUGGUAUGAUAACUAGUUUCGUUCCUUAGAACUUCAUCAGGUCAUUUUGUAUUAAUACAGUACAUCAAUGUAUUAAUACAUUGUGGUAUGUCAAUAACUCUUUAAGAAACUAUCACAAUCACAAUGAUUGAAACUUGCCAUAUGGAGUAAAAAUUGAUAAAACUGAUUAAAAAUUUACAGGCUUUUUAAAUUUACAAUGCUAAAAAACUUGACCAUGCAACAUUCUAAAUGAUCAGACUUCUUUCCAGUAAAAUAUUAUAUUUGAUACAUAUAUUGGCAAGUUACUAAUAAAAGAAGUAUAGAAUAAGAACAAAACAAACUUAAAUACAGGUGGCACUGGAGAGAAGAAGAAACAUCAUGAUUCAGUCAGUUUUAUUUAGUCAGUGGCAGUGAUAGACAGUGCUUGCCAGCAUGUACAUUUUUAAUGAAUUUUUAUUCCAUUUAACUAUUUUAUCAAAAUGACAAGGUGUCAGUUAUUGUGAUUGUGGUCGUUUUUGUAAGAAUCUAUCGACAUACCACAAUGUAUUAGUACAUUGAUGAUGUUAUUGCAUACAAAAUGACCUAAUGAAGUUCUAAGGAACAACAAGUCGUCAUACCAACAAAUGUGGAUGGAUAAGGUAAUCAUUUUAUUUGAUUAAUAAUAUAUUCCAACCAAGGGUCGCAAUGAAUAAUACAAAUUAUUGUGUCUCUAUUCUCAUACCUAAGGAGUUUCAAUCGAAAGGAAUUUAUUUGUCGAUAUUUCGAUAACCUCUGCGCUAGAUACUGGUUCACUUACUAUUUAACGUACCAAAACAGUCAAUUGUUAUUCUAAGAAUUGAACCCUUAAACAAAUUACUUUAAGGUCAAAUGAGGAGUUGAUAUCUUGGGAGGAGUUUUAUGAAAGCUACAUUUCUUAUUGGGUCCAAAGUAUGAUCUUGUAUGUAAUGAAAUCAACCGGACACUAUGUGCAUUAUAUAAGCUUACAAUGCUUCCUUUUUAGAUUUAUUAUUUUAAAAUCUGUAGAUUUAGAUUAGGAGUAUUGUUUUUAAUUAAUGAAACCUAUGGUAGAAAUAGAUUGUAUAGUACUGUUCAGUAAGUAAUAAAUACGGUAUUGUAAGAAACACAGUUCUGUGAUUAAAAUUUUGUGUAAAAUGUUUUAAUUUUAAACUGGAUGUUUGAGAGCUAGAAACUAACCACAAUCUUUUAUUCAUUGAAAAUUGUUGUAUUUUGAUUGAUUAAUAUCGUUUCUUUCAGUUAAUAUUACUGUAUAAUACAGAUUGAACAAACGUAUAACUGAUUCUCUUUUAAAACAAAAUUGUGUGUAUUAUUUUGCAUUAUCUUGAGUUCUGACAUCAACAAAACAUAUUAGUAGAUUCUAGUUUUCAAACACAAUUAGAGUGGUCCAUCUUAACUUAAGUUUGUACAUAACUGCAUAUCUAAUUCAUCCACCUUUUUAAACUACGAAAAAACAAUAACUGCACUUCAUUAAAUGCACUUGGUAAGUCUAAAUUCAAAGUAUAGCUAGGUAGGGUAAAUCUUUUUGGAAUUUGCUAUCCGAGGUUCGCGUAACCGUUACUAAACUUACGGUUUAAUCCAGAACGUAUAACGAUCGAGUUUGGUAUAAUAUUAAGAGUAUAAUAUAACUGACAAAAAGCUCAAGUGAAAAGCAAAUGAAAAGGCUCAAAGACACCUGACUUGCUCAGAGCCAAGGCCACAGAAAUGAUCAGAUUGAUCUGGCUUGGUCUAGCUAGUGUAGAAGCUUGGUGGGUAGAUGGUAGGUCUUUGCCUUGGAAAUCCAACAUAUUUCACGGGCCGCUCUCCUACUUCACAUCAUGUGCUUGUUUGAACUACUACUUACACGGUUAAAACUAUUUUCAUCUUCCUGCAGCAUUGACCAGAAAAAUUGCUGGAUAUGAAGGGACAAUGUAUAAAAAAAGUUGGCUAUUCACGACGGCUUCUACAUUUUCACCCUAUUAGUUCACCAUUUCGAAUACUUAAGGAUUAGCCGCAGGGCGUCCAUUUAACUGUUCCAUUAUGGGGGCUUUGAGAGUCUGAGGAGUAUGGAAUAACUCCCAGUAAAAAGGGGUGUCCAGGGGUCCUCCCCCAGAAAAUAGUUUAAAUUUAGGUAUAAAAUGUCUGCGUUACGUAUUUCUUACACUCCUCGGUCAUAUGCCUGAAUUAUUAACUUUUUGUUUUUACUGCACAAUCUAAAAAUAUUUUAUUAACGGUCUUUUAGGGUGGGCUCAAGUCCCUCCUAGAUUGUUGGACAUCCAUGGAAGCUUAGUUUUAGCAUUGACUAAUAGUCAAAGGUUUUAGUUGACUGUGCAACUAUAGUUCGGCCGCUUAGAAAGUGACCUCCUCCACCAUUGGUUUAGCAUUAGCACGCAGGUCGUUU